AUGCCGCCUUUUGCAUUGCUUGCGGUGCUUGCAGCUCUAGCUCCGACCACAUUUGCUCAAGCAAAUACAAGCUAUGUGGACUACUCAACGGAGCCCCAGCCAAAUCUCGAUGAACAAACACUUGCCACAAUCGAUUUAUGGUUCCCAGAUUGCAGCAGCGGACCCCUUAGCAAAAAUCUGGUCUGCGACUCCUCCGCACGCCCGCAUGACCGGGCUGCAGCUCUUGUAUCUUUAUUCACAUUGGAAGAAUUGGUAAAAAGCACUGGAAAUGACAUCCCAGAAAUUCCCCGCCUUGGGCUUCCGCCAUACCAGGUAUGGAGCGAGGCCCUGCAUGGCCUCGAUCGCGCAAAUUUCUCCGAUUCGGGCGAUUAUAGCUGGUCGACAUCCUUUCCUUCACCAAUUCUCACCAUGGCUGCUCUCAACCGUACAUUGAUCAACCAAAUCGGCGCUAUAAUUUCGACACAAGGCCGUGCAUUCAACAACGCAGGAAGAUAUGGAUUAGAUGUCUAUGCGCCAAACAUCAACUCUUUUCGCCAUCCAGUUUGGGGCCGCGGUCAAGAGACCCCCGGAGAGGAUGCUUACUGCCUCUGCUCGAGCUAUGCAUAUGAGUACAUCACUGGUAUCCAAGGCGGAGUUGAUCCCGAGGCUCUGAAAUUAGUUGCCACUGCGAAGCACUAUGCCGGCUAUGAUAUUGAAAAUUGGAAUGGCCACUCCCGCCUGGGAAAUGAUAUGAACAUUACCCAGCAAGACUUAGCAGAGUAUUUCACCCCACAGUUCCUGACUGCUGUUCGAGAUGCUCGAGUUCACAGUGUCAUGUCUUCGUACAACUCAGUCAAUGGAGUACCAAGCUCUGCAAAUUCCUUCCUUUUGCAAACUUUGCUAAGGGAUGAGUGGGGAUUUGUUGAAGAUGGAUAUGUCUCCUCCGAUUGCGAUGCGGUUUAUAACGUCUGGAACCCACACGAAUAUGCUGCCAACAUCACUGGUGCGUCAGCGGAUUCCAUGCGAGCCGGCACAGACAUUGACUGUGGAACUUCAUACCAAUACCAUUUGAACGAAUCCUUUUUCCAGGGAGAGAUUUCUCGGACUGAGAUUGAGCGUGGAGUCAUUCGACUUUAUUCGAAUCUUGUUCGCCUUGGAUAUUUUGAUGGAAAUGAUAGCCAGUAUCGCGACUUGACCUGGUCAGACGUUCUCGUCACUGACGCCUGGAAUAUAUCCUAUGAGGCAGCGGUGGAGGGUAUUGUUCUAUUGAAAAACGACGGAACCCUCCCAUUAUCGAAGAAGCUCAACAAGGUCGCAUUGGUCGGCCCUUGGGCUAAUGCUACAGAGCAGAUGCAAGGAAACUAUUAUGGAGCUGCGCCUUACCUCACCAGUCCUUGGACGGCUCUCAAGGAAUCGGGCCUCACUGUAAACUAUGCUCUCGGUACGAACAUUUCUUCUGAUAGCACUGAGCUCUUUUCAGAUGCCAUUUCUGCUGCGAAAAAGUCCGAUGUGAUUAUCUUCGCGGGUGGAAUUGAUAACACCAUUGAAGCCGAGGGGAUGGAUCGGCAGAACAUUACUUGGCCCGGGAAUCAGCUUCAACUAAUUAAACAACUGAGCAAUCUUGGAAAACCCUUAAUUGUGCUCCAAAUGGGCGGCGGCCAAGUGGACUCCUCGGAACUAAAGGAAAAUAAGAAAGUGAAUGCUCUUAUUUGGGGCGGCUAUCCUGGUCAAUCGGGCGGAGCAGCCCUUUCAGACAUCAUUACGGGCAAGCGUGCACCGGCUGGGCGACUGCCUGUGACCCAAUAUCCGGCCGAAUACGCGUUACAAUUCCCAGCCACCGAUAUGAGUCUCCGCCCAUCUGGGUCCAAUCCAGGCCAGACAUAUAUAUGGUACACGGAGAAGCCAGUCUAUGAGUUCGGCCAUGGGCUGUUUUAUACCACCUUUGACAUAUCUCCUGCUAACUCGAAAGAUGCCAGUAAUGGUGCAUCUUUCGAUAUUUCAAACCUUCUCUCGCGUUCUCACACCGGGUAUAAUGUGAUUGAGCAACUCCCUUUUCUGAACUAUACUGUCACUGUUACCAACACCGGUAAAACUACUUCCGACUACACGGCUAUGCUCUUCAUCAACACCUCUGCAGGACCAAAGCCGCUCCCCAACAAAUGGCUUGUUGGAUACGACCGUAUAGGGUCAGUCAAGCCGAAUACUUCUCAAAAAAUGAUCAUUCCUGUGUCUUUGGACAAUGUCGCCCGCACUGACUUGCAAGGCAACCGCGUUCUCUACCCUGGAAAAUACGAGCUCGCUUUGAAUAAUGAGCGAUCGGCUGUGCUGUCAUUUACUCUGACUGGUGACGCAACUGUUAUCUCCAAAUGGCCACUGGAUCAACAGCAAAUUCCUCCAGCCUAA